CCAGGGCGGGGGCUAGCCGGAGGCGUCCUCUCCUCCGCUCCACUUUUGCAGGACACAAAGAGGCCUCUGUCCUCACGGCAGUCGGCAAAGAGGGCAUCGGGGCGGUGACGCCUCUGGGUUCCUAGGUUUUGUAUGCAAGGGAAGCGGGCUAUGUAUGGUUCAGGAGUUGUCCACCGCGACCAGUCUCGGCAAAGCAACCCUCAGAGUCCGCAGGCGUUACUGCAGAGACCGCUUGCUCCGCUUCUAGCGGUGUAACCUUCGGGCACCCCCUCACAGCACGCGGGGGACUGCAGCACAGGGCCCUUUAAGGGGUGGGGUCAGGGAGUCCCUAGGCCCGCCCUCGCUGACACGGCUCGGACUGGCUCGCGCCUCGCCCAACCGCUUUCCCUUUUCCUUCCCGUCUCUUUCGUGGUGACCCCGGAGGUGGAAGUAGGAGCAGGUCGGCUGUCGCGGCGGGGACGGAAGGCGGAAGCGGAGCGUGAGCGGGAGGCGGAGCCGGGGGAGCUGCGCUCGUAGCUCCCCCUGGCCCCAGGCCCAGCUGCUCGCGGGGGAGGAGUUACCGCCGCUCUUCGGUACGUUUCCGUCGCCGCUUCUACCCAGCCCGUGAGUUACCUGGAGGCCUUUCUCCGCGGCAAUCCUGGGCUCCGCCUCCACGUUUUCCUCUAAGGGCCGCACGAUCCCCACCCUUUUCUGGCAGCCUGCGGCCCCUCUUUUCGGCCGUCUUUCCCUUUUCCCUAAGAGUGACCCUCGCCCCGGACCACACCCUUUGAGGCUUCAGAACUUACCGUGAUGGCUGUGACUUAAAACCCUCAGGAAGCCCCGGGGUCAUGGCCCAGAAGCACCCCGGAGAAGGAGGCUUGUGCGGAGCCCACUACAGCAGUGGUGCCUCCCUCAGGACCUUAGGACCCUCCGUGGGCCCUGAAAUACUUUCUUUCUCAGGACUCAGGGACUCAACAGGGACUGCUUCUAAUGGUACCCGCUGCCUCCCAGAACACUCUGGUCCUAAGUACACCCAGACCCCAAACCCAGCUCACUGGUCGGAUCCAAGCCAUGGCCCCCCGAGGGGUCCAGGACCACCUAGGGAUGGAAAAGACCCUGAUCAGAGUGAGGCGUCCUCAGAGGACUCCGGAGUUGACCAGGACCUCUCAAGAGAGAAUGAGGCUGGGUACCAGGAGGAGGGGACCCCUGCUUUUUUUUCCAUUCCAUCUGCUUGCAACUGCCAGGGGAGCCCUGGGGUCCCAGAAGGGCCUUACUCUGAGGGGGCAGACGGCUCUUCGAGCAACUUUUGCCACCAUUGUACCUCUCCAGCCUUGGGGAAAGAAGAGUUGGAAGAAGAAUAUGAUGAUGAGGAACCCCUUAAGUUCCCCAGUGAUCUUUCACGUGUGUCCGGUGGAAAGAAAGCUCCAUCCCGGAGACAGAGGCACCGCCUCCCAACCAAGGAGGAUACCCGGGAGGGUGGACGCAGAGAUCCCAGGUCCCCAGGUCGACAUCGCUUGAGCCGCAAACGGAGUCAGGCUGAGAAGCGCAGAGGCCUGGGACUGUGGGGAGCAGAGGAACUGUGUCAGCUCGGACACGCAGGCUUCCGGUGGCUCAUUGAACUGCUGGCACUGGUGGGAGAGUACGUGGAAACCUGUGGUCAUCUCAUCUAUGCAUGCAGGCAGCUGAAAGGCAGUGAUCUGGACCUUUUUAGGGUGUGGGUGGGAGUCUGGGCAGGACGGCUUGGAGGCUGGGCCCAGGUGAUGACCCAGUCUCUAAACCACACCUUGUACGUCGGGGCAGGACUGCUCACCCGCUUUCUUAGGCUACUGGGUGCUUUGCUGCUUCUGGCUCUGGCCCUCUUUUUGGGCUGUCUCCAGUUGGGGUGGCGAUUUCUGGUGGGAUUGGGCGACCAGUUAGGCUGGAGGGAUAAGGCCACCUGGCUCUUCUCUUGGCUGGACUCUCCGACCUUCCAGCGUUGCUUGUCUUGGCUCAGAGACAGCAGGCCAUGGCAGCAGCUUGUAAGAAUAGUUCAGCGGGGUUGGCUGGAGUUGCCUUGGGUCAAGCAGAGGACUAAUAGACAGGGGAAUGCACCUGUAGCUGGUGGGCGGAACUGUCAACCUGAAGAGGAAGUGGCUCGACUCUUGACCAUGGCUGGGGUUCCUGAGGCUGAGCUAAACCCUUUCCUUGUGUUGGGGGUUGAAGCCACAGCAUCAGACGUUGAACUGAAGAAGGCCUAUCGGCAGCUGGCAGUGAUGGUUCACCCUGACAAAAAUCAUCAUCCUCGGGCUGAGGAGGCCUUCAAGGUUUUACGGUCAGCUUGGGACAUUGUCAGCAACCCUGAAAGGCGGAAGGAAUAUGAGAUGAAACGAAUGGCAGAGAAUGAGCUGAGUCGGUCAGUGAAUGAGUUUCUCUCCAAGCUACAAGAUGACCUUAAGGAAGCGAUGAAUACUAUGAUGUGCAGUCGAUGCCAAGGAAAGCAUAGGAGGUUUGAAAUGGAUCGGGAUGCUAAGAGUGCCAGAUACUGUGCUGAGUGCAAUCGGCUGCAUCCGGCUGAGGAAGGAGACUUUUGGGCAGAGUCAAGCAUGUUGGGUCUCAAGAUCACCUACUUUGCACUGAUGGAUGGAAAGGUGUAUGACAUCACAGAGUGGGCUGGAUGCCAGCGUGUGGGAAUCUCCCCAGAUACCCACAGAGUCCCCUAUCACAUCUCGUUUGGUUCUCGGAUUCCGGGCACCAGUGGGCGGCAGAGAGCCACUCCAGAUAGCCCUCCUGCUGACCUUCAGGAUUUCUUGAACAGGAUCUUUCAAGUACCUCCAGGCCAAAUGUCGAAUGGGAAUUUCUUUGCAGCUCCUCAGCCUGGCCCUGGGACCACUGCAGCCUCAAAACCCAACAGCACAGUACCCAAGGGGGAAGCCAAACCAAAACGGCGGAAGAAAGUGAGGAGGCCCUUCCAACGUUGAUCCCCACCCUGCCCUCCCCCCUUUUCCUCAAAUCAAUGUCAGGGAGUCAAAAGGGCUGUGUACAGCACAGGAUGGAGUUUGAUUGGUUUAUUUUUAAAUAUUUUAAAAAGGGAAAAUUUUAAGCUUAAAUUGUUCACUCAGUACUUGUAGAAAGACCCUGAAGCACUCUCCCUCUCUUCCCCUAGCAUCCAGGAACUGAAUCUUGUCUUCUGACAAUACCAAAGAAACAGGGGGUGGUUAGAGUGAAGAACCUAGGGUUUGGACUAGGGUUGGACAAUUAUUCCCUUUGAGAUGUGGGAACUGGUUCUUUCCCUGUGGUCCAUAUGCCUUUUUCUUGACAUCUGCUUUUAGAGCAGAUGAUACUCCCCCUCCUCCCUUCAAAACUAUGAGUUUAUCUUAUUUCUUGAUGCAUUCAGGAGGCAGCCUCCUUCUUUACCUUGAUGCGCUAGUUAAAAGCCCUAAUUUUAAAAAGUGCAGACUUCAGAGAGAGGAAACUGUUGUUUUUCCUCUUUCACCUUGUGGGUAAGUCAUCCACCUCCAGUCUUACUGCAAGGAUGGCCAAAAUUAAUUUUUAAAAAGCAGACUCAUGCCCUCUGCCCUUGGGUGAGGGGGAAUACAGAAGGGGCUCCCAGAUGCCCCCUUGUGAUCCAAGGGUUUGUAUUUUUUUAAGUUUGUUCAUUUUGUAUGUACAUAUCUAUUUAAAGCCAGGAGAGUAUCUUUCUAUAAAUAUGUAACUGGCAACCUGUA